AUGGCGGAUCGAAAGAUGGUGCAGACUGUCCUCAAUUUUGGACAAGGCGGCACAGCCCCUACGAUCCGAAAGCCCAAUCCCCGCGAGGCUGCAACUGUCGACGCUGACUCCGACCAGAUGGAAGAUGUCCAGCUCACCGACACCACAACGACCACAGAACCCUCGACGCAACUAACGUGGUCCACCACCAGCUUCACAGCCGAUUCCACCAUGGCCUCAGACUCCCGACGCAAGAUCCUCACACGCGUCGCUCGCGAAACCAUCGCCCUCCUGCCCAACGUCCUAGAGACUGCUCCCCACGCCCCUCCAAAGGGCUAUCUCUACACCGACCCACCACUCCUCAACCAGAAAUACUGCCCGCGCUUCCCCCCCACCGCGAUCCGCAUCCUCAACGACGACACCCUCGACACCGCCAUCGGCCUCGCGCAAUGCGCCAAAUACAUCACCGUCCGCGACAAGCGGCCCGUCUGCGUCCUCAACAUGGCCAACGCAUACUCCGCCGGCGGGGGCUGGAAGCGCGGCGCCCUCGCCCAAGAGGAAACCCUCUGCUACCGAAGCAGCCUCAGCUUCACCCUCAAACGUCGCUACUAUCCCAUCCCCGAGCUGAGCGCGAUAUACUCGCCCACGGUGCUAGUGCUGCGCAAGAGCAUCACGGAUGGCCAUGGGCUGCUGCGGCUCGAGGAGCCGGAGAAUCUGCCGGUGGUGAGCGUCGUGAGCGUGGCGGCGCUCUGUAGGCCGGAGUUGAUGCAGGGCCGGACCAGGGAAAAGUUCAAGGACCCGUAUGAUAGGGAAUUGACGAAAGAGAAAAUGAGGGUCACGUUGAGAACUGCAGCAGUGAACGGUCAUCGACGAUUGGUCCUGGGAGCGCUGGGGUGCGGUGCGUUUUUGAACCCGCGAGAAGAGGUGGCUGAUUGUUGGGCUGAAGUCUUGCGGGAGCAGGAGUUUACCGGAGGGUGGUGGGAGAGCGUGAUCUUCGCUGUUUUGGAUGAUCUGGGCCAGGGCAAGGAUGGGGAUGGUAAUACUUUUGAUAAUGGAACGUAUGGUCGUGUGAUUGAAAAGAUAUCACCUGAAAAAUGA